AUGUUUUCACCACGUUCUCAGUUGCGUCUCUUUCGACUGGGAAGGCAAUCAUCACGCAGAUGUUUUGCAAACAGUGCAACUGCAACUGCAACUGCACCUGAAACUAUCAUUGAAGAAGUGGAUGAGUUAACAUAUCCUGACUCACCGCGUGCAGAGCAUCACGACCUGCCCAGUUUUCUGGAAUAUGUAUCACGCAACAAUAUGGACACGAGCAGUACUACAUAUGUGGGAACUCAUUAUGAAUAUACGGUCAAACAAUCUCUAGAGCGAUUGGGAAUGUCCCUCAAGCAGGUUGGUGGAAAAUCAGAUUGUGGAAUUGAUCUACUUGGGACAUGGUCAUUGCCCACCGCGCUCCAGCCUUUGAAAGUCCUCAUACAAUGCAAAGCAUUUGCAGGCAAACUCAGACCCGCGCAAGCUCGAGAGCUAGAAGGGACUUUUGUAGGCGCCCCGCAAGGAUGGAGAACAACUAGUGUAUUAGCAUUUCUAGUUUCGCAGCAAGCAGCUACCAAAGGUGUGAGAGAAACUCUAGGCAGAAGUCGAUGGCCGAUGGGCUAUGUACUCUGCGGAUCGGAUGGAAAGAUCAUGCAGAUGCUGUGGAACCGGAAAGCGGCAGACGAAGGUUUGGGAGGUUUAGAGGUUGAGAUGCAAUAUACUGGUGGUGAUAGAUCAGAUCUCUGUGGGGUAAGAGGGCUGAGAGGGGCUUAUGUAUAUUCUUCUCUUCUUCUCCACAAGAUCCGCUCCGCUUUACGAACGACCAUUCAGCAGCUACCACGAUCUACAACACCUGCUAAACAACCUCCUCGACCGCUGCAAGACACUUUCCAAGCAAUCGCAAUGUGCUAUCAAGUCAUCCGAUUAUUCGAAUGUGGCCACCAUAGCACCUCGCUAGAUGUUCCGUGCAACAAGCCAUCCAAAGAUUGCGGCGGUGUAUUCCUGAGACAAGAGAUUGAAGAUACGAAAGGACUAUGCGAGAGAUGCCAAGAAGCUACUGAGAUGAGAGGAACAGGGACGGAGCCGGAAGAUGAGGGAUAUUGGUCCUGA